AUGUAUUCUCGAAGUGAGUUUGAUACCUCCUCAAUAUUCAAAGGACAACAACCGCGUUAUCACAGAGGACGUGAGCAAAGCUCAAGAACAGGCUAUCAUCCUGCAGCGGUAUUAGAGGUUGGCGCAAUGAUGUUACAGAAUAUGUUUAGCGCCUUAUCAUUCCUCCAUUACCGUAAAGAUGACGAUUUCGUUGAUCGCUUAUCUUACUUUUACACUCCAUCAUUCCUCAUUAUGAUGGCCAUCUUAUUUGGUGGUCGACCGCUGGAAUGCUGGGUACCUGCGCAGUUUACAAGCUCAUGGGAGGCUUACACAGAAAUGUAUUGCUGGGCUCAGAAUACCUAUUGGGUACCUAUCGAACAGGAUAUCCCAAUGGAUAUAGCAGAGCGGGAAUAUCGACAAAUAUCCUAUUAUCAAUGGGUGCCAUUUUUUCUUCUUAUUCAAGCCUUUCUCUAUUACAUUCCAUGCCUCGUUUGGCGACUAAUGAGCGACAAGUCUGGCAUACGAUUGAAUGAUAUCGUUCAGUUGGCUACAGAAAAAGAAAACAUCGAAUCAGACUAUAGAACACGAACCAUCGAAUCUCUUGCACGUCAUAUCGAAUCCGCUCUCAGGUACCAGCAUGCAGCCACCUCACGAACUCAAUAUACAUUACAUCGAGUGCUAAAAUGUCUAAAUAUGCGUUAUUAUGAAAGUUAUGUGACAGGCCUCUAUUUGGCUACGAAAGUGAUGUAUGUAAGCAACAUAUUAACAAAUUUAAUAUUAGUAAAUAAAUUUUUGGAGACUGACGAAUAUUCUGUUUAUGGUCUUGGCGUGUUACGUGAUCUCUUAUUUGGCAGAUCAUGGAUGGAAUCUGGUAAUUUUCCACGCGUUACUUUGUGUGUCCUUGUUAUAAAUAUAUUCAACGAGAAAAUAUUCAUUUUAAUUUGGUUAUGGUUUUCGAUGUUAUUUGUUGCUGCUACAUUGGAUGCUAUCUACUGGUUUAGCAUUUCCUUAUUUCAUAGGGAUCGUUUUCGUUUUGUUUUACGUCAUCUAGAAUUGACAACUGAUCCUGAUCGACCUGAAUUAUUUCGAAAGGAAAAGCGAAAACAAGUGGAGCAUUUCCUGAAGUCGUACCUCAAGGUUGAUGGUGUAUUAGUAUUACGAAUGAUAGCGCUCCAUGCGGGUGUAAUGUUUUGCACUGAAACUACGGAUGCACUCUGGAGACGAUACCUGUCCCAGCAUCCGGAAAAUCUGAUAGAUGAAGAUUCUUCACUUAUCAAUUUUGCCCGAACUCAAUCGAUCCGUCGGAAACGGCAAAACGAUGGCAAUAAUGGCGAUAAACAGAAAAGACAUCAACAAUUAUUCGCACAUCAACGAUUCUCCAAAUUAUUUUCACAGCGAACGCAAGCAUCCCUUCGUCUUAAUCGUGGUCAAGAUGCUAAUCGAUCGCUUGACACGGAUCGUCAAAAGCCACAGAUACAAAUUCGAUUUCCAAGGCAAACACCAAUGAGGAUACAGAUGUCGCCAGAAUCACAGUUUACAAAGGAUAAGGAUGAGGAUGAAGAUGAAAUCUUGCAAUGCAAUGAAUCAUCAAACCUCUUAUCUUAUAAAUGA